GACUGGAAACACGGACUGAGAAAGCGUGAACACAUUGAAUUGCACUGCUUAGCCUCAUACAAUAACCCAGUUUAAGACCGUUCAGAACACAUCUUAAUCGAAGAUUUUUGUUCCGAUAAGGAGACCGAAUGAUGCGCUUCUCCUCAAGCUAGUUUCCGUUUAUUUUGCAAGUCAUGUCUUUCCAUCAGGAUCGCGGGGGUCCCAGGGGAGGGAUGCCAGCACAGCACAGCUCUGCUCAAAACUACCGCCCCACCAACCUGAGGCCGCCCCCUCCCCAGCCUCCGGUUCCCCCCUACCACUAUGACCCCCAGAAUCCUCCCAGUUCAGGCUACCACGGAAACAGCGGCUACAUGCCUGCACACUCUGACUUCAUGCAGUACCCUCCUCCGGCACCGUCCCAGACCCCCAAUUCUCUCAACCAGUGCCCAGUCCGGCCCCCUUUCCCCAAACCUCCCACCCGGCAAGGCUUCCCUGAACCCCCUCCGAACUUUCCACCUCCCCCCUUACCGAGCUCCACCGGUGGUCCCGCUCCAGGAGGCCAAGUGUCAGCUCAGAACGCCUACCACCCUUACAUGAUGCCUCCUGUGCCCCCACCACCGAUACCUCACCCACCGAUGCCGCCCCCCAUGGCCUCCCAGUCGAUGAGCUACCCUCCCUACUCCAUGAACUACUCCCAUCCUCCUCACCCGCCGUUCCCGCCUCCCACCUUCAACCCCGGCUACUCCCAGAGCCCCAGCCCGUUUCAGCCCGACCACGGCAUCAGGCACGGGGGGCAGUACAAGUACGAGAAGCCCAUGGACCACCGGAGGUCUCCGGAGAGAGGAUAUCGCCACGACGACCACCGGCAGAAGUGCUACGGCUACGGUAGCCAUGGUGAUAGGCACAAGAUGGAGUUUUCCGCAGAGAGGAAGGAUCGUGGGAGGAGUCCGGACAGACGAAGCAGACCGGACGGAGGGCGGUACAGGUCCGACUACGACAGAGGCCGGACCCCUCCCAGACACAGGAGCAAGGAUCGCAGCAGAGAGAGGCAUCGUCACAGAGAAAGUCGGAGAUCUCAGUCGCCCGACAGGCACAGGAAGAGGAAUCGAAGUCGGUCAACGAGCAGAGACAAGAAACGUGGUCGCUGGGAGGAGGAGAAGGACCGGAGGUCAGAGGGCUCGUCUGGGCCGAGCAGAGAGCGAAGCUACUCUUCGGUCCGGAGCCGAGAUUCUGACGAACCCUUCGGAGAAAGAGAGCGAGAGAGGGAACGAGAGCGGGACAGGGAGAAGGAAAAGGAGAAAGGCGAUGAUGAGAAAGAGGAGGAAGAGCUGCUGAAACCUGCCUGGAUCCGCUGCACCCACGCUGAGAACUACUACUCCAACGACCCCAUGGACCAAGUGGGAGACUCGACAGUCGUGGGCACCAGUAAGCUGCGAGACCUGUAUGAGCGCUUUGAAGAGGAGCUGGGAAGGAGGCAGGAGCGAGCCAAGGACGCUCGACCCAAAUGGGAGCCGCCAAAGACCAAACUGGACGAGGAUCCAGGCGACAGCAGCAGUGAGUCAGACUGUGAGUCAGACGGUGAAGGAAGCACCUGCUCCAGCAGCUCUGACUCAGACGUUUUUGAUGUUAUUGCUGAGAUCAAGAGAAAAAAAGCUCACCCCGACCGGCUGCACGAGGAGCUGUGGUACAACGAUCCCGGACAGAUGAAUGAUGGUCCCUUGUGUAAGUGCAGUGCCAAGGCCAGACGUACAGGGAUCCGCCACAGCAUCUACCCGGGGGAGGAGUCUGUAAAACAGUGUCGUCCAAUGAACAACAAUGCAGGAAAGCUGUUCCACUACAGGAUCACCGUGUCUCCUCCCACCAACUUCCUGACCGACAGGCCGACGGUGAUCGAGUACGAUGACCACGAGUACCUGUUCGAAGGCUUCUCCCUCUUCUCCCACACUCCCCUCACUAACAUUCCAUUGUGCCGUGUGAUCCGCUUCAACAUAGAUUACACCAUUCACUUCAUAGAGGAGAUGACACCGGAGAACUACUGCGUCCGAGGCCUCGAGCUGUUUGCCUCCUACUUGUUCCAGGAUGUUCUUGAGCUGUACGACUGGAACCUGACAGGUCCUGAUUGGCACACGGAGGCCUCUGGAUGCCAGCGGUUCCAUUUCAUGCCACGUUUUGUUCGAUUCUUACCCGAUGGCGGGAAGGAGGUGCUGUCGAUGCAUCAGGUGCUGCUCUACCUGCUACGCAGCAGCAAGCCGCUGGUCCCCGAGGAGGAGAUUGCAGACAUGCUGCAGUGGGAGGAGCUGGCGUGGCAGAAAUAUGCGGAGGAGUGCAAGGGCAUGAUCGUCACCAACCCGGGCAUGAAACCGAGCUCGGUGCGAAUCGACCAACUGGACAGGGAGCAGUUCAACCCGGAUGUCAUCACCUUCCCCAUCAUCGUUCACUUCGGGAUCCGCCCCGCUCAGCUCAGCUACGCCGGAGACCCCCAGUACCAGAAGCUGUGGAAGAGCUACGUGAAACUACGCCACCUGCUGGCCAACAGCCCCAAGGUCAAGCAGAUUGACAAGCAGAAGCUGACGCAGAGAGAGGAAGCUCUUCAGAAGAUCCGUCAGAAGAACACCAUGCGCCGUGAGGUGACAGUGGAGCUCAGCAGUCAGGGCUUCUGGAAGACCGGCAUCCGCUCCGACGUCUGUCAGCACGCCAUGAUGCUCCCAGUCCUCACCCAUCACAUCCGCUACCACCAGUGUCUGAUGCACCUGGAUAAGCUCAUCGGCUACAUCUUCAAGGAGCGCUGCCUCCUUCAGCUGGCCAUGACUCACCCCAGUCACCACCUCAACUUUGGCAUGAACCCCGAUCACGCCCGCAACUCGCUGUCCAACUGCGGCAUCCGCCAGCCUAAAUACGGAGACAGGAAGGUCCAUCACAUGUACAUGAGGAAAAAAGGAAUCAACACAUUGAUUAACAUCAUGUCUCGUCUGGGGCAGGAUGACCCCUCCCCCUCCAGGAUCAAUCACAACGAGAGACUGGAGUUCCUGGGCGAUGCUGUUGUCGAGUUCCUCACCAGCGUCCACCUGUACUACCUGUUUCCCAGCCUGGAGGAGGGCGGCCUGGCCACAUACAGAACAGCCAUCGUGCAGAACCAGCACCUGGCCAUGCUAGCGAAGAAACUGGAGUUGGACCGCUUCAUGCUCUACGCUCACGGACCGGAUCUGUGUCGGGAAUCGGACUUGCGACACGCCAUGGCCAACUGCUUCGAGGCUCUUAUCGGCGCUGUGUAUUUGGAAGGAGGCUUGGAAGAGGCCAGGCUGCUCUUUGGUAGACUGCUUUUCAACAGCGAGGACCUGCGGGAGGUCUGGCUCAACUACCCACCGCACCCCCUGCAGGUCCAGGAGCCUCAAACCGACCGACAGCUGAUAGAAACGUCUCCGGUGCUCCAGAAACUCACCAGCUUCGAGGACUCCAUCGGAGUUCUGUUCACGCAUGUGCGUCUGCUGGCCAGAGCGUUCACCUUGAGGACCGUGGGCUUCAACCACCUCACCCUCGGCCACAACCAGAGGAUGGAGUUUCUGGGUGACUCGAUCAUGCAGUUGGUGGCCACGGAGUAUCUCUUCAUCCACUUCCCUGAUCACCACGAAGGACAUUUAACGCUCCUCCGCAGUUCGUUGGUGAACAACCGGACGCAGGCCAAAGUGGCCGAGGAGUUGGGGAUGCAGGACUUCGCCAUCACCAACGACAAAACCAAGCGGCCGGUCGCGCUGCGGACCAAGACGCUGGCCGACCUGCUGGAGUCUUUCAUCGCCGCUCUCUACAUCGACAAGGAUCUGGAGUUUGUGCACACCUUCAUGAACGUCUGCUUUUUCCCCCGGCUGAAGGAGUUCAUCCUGAACCAGGACUGGAACGACCCCAAGUCCCAGCUGCAGCAGUGCUGUUUGACCCUGAGAACGGAGGGCAAGGAGCCCGAUAUCCCGCUCUACAAGACCCUGCAGACAGUUGGACCCUCGCACGCCCGAACUUACACUGUCGCCGUUUAUUUCAAAGGCGAGCGAAUCGGCUGUGGUAAAGGCCCAAGCAUCCAACAGGCAGAAAUGGGAGCCGCGAUGGAUGCGCUGGAGAAAUAUAACUUCCCACAGAUGGCUCAUCAGAAGCGCUUCAUCGAGCGGAAAUACCGACAGGAGCUGAAGGAGAUGAGACGAGAGCGGGAGCGGCAGGAGAAGGAGACCGACGAGGCGGAGGAGGCCAGGAAGUGACGGCGCUUUUAUUCUGGCGGGGUCGGGACCUCGUCUCCAGGCGAGAGCUUUGAGUCAACGACGAUGGUGAUGGACUUCUUUUCUGCGGAUGAGAUUCAGGAGAAGACACGCCGCACUGCAAACAUUUAAGAGUGAAAUCACUUUUCAUGCUCACGAUUUUCAAAGUAAAAGCAGGACAGAAGGCAAACGGAAUUAGAAAAAAUGAAUACGUCAUGUUUUAUGCCGAGUCAAAGGUGGCCUUAUGUUGUGUCAUGUUUGUGUUUUUUGCCUCCUAAUUAAAUAUAAAGUGAGUUGUAAACAACUUGACAGUGUUACUUAACACAUGCCUGAAACUGAACAAAAACAAAAUAUAAACAUUAAAUCACAACUGUAAAUGAA